AUGAGUAGGAUUGGAUUUGAACGUCAAAGAAAAAAAAAACUACGUCUGAUAGAUGAAAAAAGAAAGAUGGACACAGAAUAACAAGAUGUUAUAUACCGGGGUGCUCUGCAAAAUUUUCUGCCCGAGAGUAAAAAAGACCAAAUUUUCUUACACAUUCACGGUCAGAAGCAAGUCAUAAGAGAGAGAUAAGGACUGUUUUUCUACUCCCUUUUCAAGAUUAGUUGUUAAUCCGGGAAACUUAAGAUUUAGAGCUUGAUUUUAAUUUAGAGUUUUUAAUUUAUCCGGAUAAAACCUGGUUAAUUUAAUUGAAUUUUAUUUAAUUUCAUUGACCUGAUUAAAUCUGGCUCAGCAUUAAAACAGAAAAAAAAAAUGAUGAAACAACAUUAAAUCUUCUUAUGAGUUAAUAGGAUGAUCCAAUAACUUAGAUUUUUUCCAGGUGAAUUCUCGAAUCGAGUCGGGAUCAGGGUCAAACUUAAGAUUUCUCACCCCAAACUAGAAGCAAACAGGCUUUUUCUGAACGAUUAGGGACUAAGUUGACAUUUGGCCAAAGGUUGAAGCGCUAAGCCCAGAAUGCACAAACCGAAUCCAAAUACACAGAGGAGUUUCCUUCACCUCGCACACGCCAUUUCACUGUGACUGUAUCUCAAACUUGGAGCGUAACAGUCAUUUCAUGGCAAUUAAUCCGCAGAGCUUUCUAGGGUUUCUCUCUGUCACCAACAAAAUCACCAGGUACCGCUUGCCUCACCUUCUUCGCUCUUCAAUUCCAUUUUCAACCCUAGACCCUCCUCAAUUUGCCACUUCUCAAGAUAAUAUCAAGCUUCAAUAUAAUCUCGGCGAGGAUUACGUUCUUAAUGAGCUCUCUAAUCUGUUACCAAUCUCUCCUAAACCACCAAUUCCUCACCCAUACAACCACGAUCGUUCGAUUAGUAAUAAGCAAGUCGAAAUCAGACCCGUUUUUGAUCGAUUUUUAUCCCCUGAAGAGAAAUUAAGAGGAGUUUUUGUUCAAAAAAUCAAGGGUAAAUCUGGAAUUGAACGUGCUCUAACAGAAUGUAGUGUGGAUUUGAGUCUUGAUGUUGUUGCUAAAGUGCUUAAUAGAGGGAAUUUAGGCGGGGAAGCUAUGAUUAUGUUUUUUAAUUGGGCGAUUAAGCAGCCUAUGAUAAGUAAGGAUGUUGACAGUUACAAUGUAGUCAUUAGAGCACUAGGUAGAAGAAAAUUUAUUGAUUUUAUGGUGAAAUUUUUGCAUGAGUUGAGGGUAGAAGGUGUGAGCAUGAAUUCGGAGACGUUGUCGAUUGUAAUUGAUAGUCUAGUUAGGGCCCGUCGAGUUUAUAAAGCAAUUCAAAUGUUUGGGAACUUAGAAGAAGAGUUUGGGUUUGAGCGUGACGCGGAGUCAUUGAAUGUGCUUUUGCAAUGUUUGUGUAGAAGGUCUCAUGUAGGUGCUGCGAAUUCGUACUUCAAUUCGGUGAAGGGGAAAAUACCGUUUAAUUGUAUGACGUAUAAUGUAAUCAUUGGUGGGUGGUCGAAGUUUGGUAGAGUUAGUGAAAUGCAGAGGGUUUUUGAGGAAAUGGAAGAAGAUGGUUUUAGUCCUGAUUGUUUGAGUUUUAGUUACCUUCUUGAGGGGUUAGGAAGAGCUGGUAAGAUUGAAGAUGCUGUUAUGAUAUUUGGUAGUUUGGAGGAGAAAGGUUGUGUACCGGAUACUAAUGUUUACAAUGCCAUGAUUUCUAAUUUCAUUUCAGUUGGGAAUUUUGAUGAGUGCAUGAAGUAUUAUAGGUGUUUAUUGAGUAAGAAUUGUGAUCCCAAUAUUGAUACUUAUACAAGAAUGAUCUCUGGUUUGAUCAAAGCUAGUAAAGUGGCUGAUGCUCUUGAAAUGUUUGAUGAGAUGUUGGAUCGAGGGAUGGUUACUAAAACAGGGACUGUAACUUCUUUUAUUGAACCUCUCUGUAGCUUCGGCCCACCCCAUGCUGCAAUGGUGAUCUACACAAAGGCAAGAAAAGUUGGCUGUAAAAUAUCACUAAGUGCUUAUAAGCUAUUGCUGAUGCGGCUUUCCAGAUUUGGUAAAUGUGGAAUGAUGUUAAAAAUAUGGGAUGAGAUGCAAGAAAGUGGUUAUUCUUCCGACAUGGAAGUUUAUGAAUACCUCAUCAGUGGACUUUGCAACAUAGGACAGUUUGAAAAUGCUGUCCUUGUCAUGGAGGAGUCUAUGCGCAAGGGCUUUUGCCCAAGCAGGUUCAUCUGUAGCAAACUAAAUAACAAACUGCUUGCUUCAAAUAAAGUUGAGAGAGCUUACAGGCUAUUUUUGAAGAUCAAACAUGCUCGUCACAGUGAAAAUGCGAGGAGAUGUUGGCGUUCUAAUGGCUGGCACUUUUGAACAGGCAUCUUCUGUAUUGACAAGUAUAUUGUGUCUUUCCUUCUCUGUUUCCCCUGCAGCAUGUACUUGUUUUUUCCUGGAGUGUGUCACAAUCAUUAUCUUGAGCAAUAUUUCUUAUGGUCACUUGCAAUGAACAACUGAUAGAAUCCAAAAGUUCUUCUAAAUAGUUACAUCACUAAUCUUCUGUUACUCAGUCAUGGGCGUUAGAAGUGAAGAAUUGUUUUUUUCUUUGAGAAUUUGUUUUAGUGACAUCCUUCCUGUCUAUAUCUAAGGUUUUGGUUUAUUGAGUGCAGGCGACAGUUUUCAGUGGGAAAUAGUUAGAUGCUUGUGGAUUACAGAGACAAACUGUGAAGUUCACAAUGGUGAAAAGCCAACUUCUCGUGACUCGUGACUCUGAACUGCUGCAGACUGUUGUCAUUAUGCCAUAAACAAAGGAAGAGAGAAUCAUAAGAAACACUGACUGUAACUCACUGAGUGAGAAAGUAGCAGAGUGACAAGAAAACACACAGCUGGAAAUGGCAAAUUUAAUCCAGGAGCCAGAUUCAGAAGGCCAAAACCUAUAAUUAGCACCUCACAUAGAGAAGGAUGCACAGUGCGGAUUUGUACAUAGAAGGCAAGAAAGAGAGAUCAAACCCUGGAUUCAUAUGGCAGACAUGAGGUGUUCGUGUAGCAGACUUUGCAGGAAGGGGUUUUCUGUACUUGAACUUAGAUGCAUGUUUGUCUUGCUUCUCUGUUUGUCCAUCCAUGACAGCGCGACCUUGAUUUGGGUUUGAUGUGUCAUAAAUCAGUUCUGUUUAAGUGUGGUUCCUUAUUUUGGGAACAAUGAUCUCCAUAGCCAAGUGCUUGCCUAAUGGUAUAGGUGUUGACCUCAUUGACCCUGGCUGUUGUGCCAUUAGAGUGAGGAGUGACCCAUGACGGAUGGGGCUGGGUAAUCAUCAGUAAGGUGCAGCCUUGAUCUUCAUUUUAUUUUUCAAGAAGCUUGCUGCUAGCCCACGUGGUGUUUCCAGUGAUGUACAACUUCUGGAAAACCUAUCGGUGAGCUGUUGGGGAUAACAUUUCUGGUUGUGGUUUAUUUUCAUGUAAAGACCAAGGAGUGACUAAUAUUUGGAAAGCUCCUACCUGCAAAUAAAGGAAAAAAAAAAAAACAUAAAUCCAGGCAAUAAAGGGAAUAUGCCUGGAUUUAUGACUUGAGAAGCACCAUUCAAUUCUCUCCCAGGGAUUAGCAACGUCGUUUGCUAGGUUCAAGAGGACCACCGGAUAGCUUUUGAUCUUUUCUUCUUAUUGUUUGUCACAAUCAACCAGCUGUACUUUUAAGGUUGUGCAGGAAGACUUCUGUACCAAAAAGUUUAAGAAUGGAGGAUCAGGCUGAAAAUGUUCUGCUGUGCUCUGCGCAUCAUUUUUUCCCUCUAUCUUCUUGACCAGUGCUUGGAUUCAGCUUCACAAGGAUGUAAUUGCACUGACUGUAUACUCAUGGGAUUCUCCAUCCAAGGUUGGCGAGUCUCCUGAUCAAUCUAAGGCGAAGCUUGCGCUUGUAAAUCCAAUGGCUUUCCUCUCUCUUUGUUGACUCUGGUUAGUUUUGCUGCAUUCAUACAUCUUUACUUGGACGUAAUGACAUGGGAAAGGCUUAUUAUACCACAGACAAAACUUGCCAUACCCCAAACAGCUUGCAGCAUUUUAUUUCAAGGGUCGGUUUGCUCCUCUGUCUCAUCGCCGUCCCCAUCUGCAUAAGAAAUUAAAUCACGAUACAAUUUAACUAGUGUUGACGUAAGAUACAACUUGUAGUACAAAACUUUCUAUUUUUCAAUUUUACUGGAACAUCAUUGGUUUGUA